AUGAGGGCUGCAAGAGAGCUGCGGUCGCAGCGGGAGGUUGGUGAAGUUCUGAGGUUUGCGCAGGUGGGCAUCAGAGUCAGGAGAGGUCCUGACUGGGAAUGGGAUGACCAGGACGGAGGCGGCCCAGGCACUAUAGUGGAGGGUGCGGAUGAAGACGGUUGGGUACGCGUGAAGUGGGAUGUCGGUGGAGAGGACAACUAUCGGGUUGGCGCAGGUGGAAGCUACGAUUUGAUGCUCGAAUCAUCCACUCCCCCUUCGGUGCAACCUGGAGAAGUUCUGAGGUCCCCGAUGGUGGGCGUCCGAGUGAGGAGAGGGCCUGAUUGGAGGUGGGACGAGCAAGAUGGAGGUGCGGGACACCUCGGAACGACCACCAAGAGGUCGCAUGAGGGUUGGGUGACGGUCAGAUGGGACCUGGACAGUGGUAACACAUACAACUAUCGAGUCGGUGGAGAUGGCGGGUAUGAUCUCGUCGUGGCUGAAGCUGGAGAUGCUGGAGAUGCAGGUGGUGCCAGAUCUUCAGCUGCUGGAAGUGCUCGAGCUUCUGGAGAAACAACUCGCGAAGCCAGAGAGGGAGCUGCUUCAGGCCAAGUCUUGAGGUCUGCCGAGGUGGGGGUUCGGGUCAGAGCAGCGCCAGGCUGGGAGUGGGGUGACCAGGGCGGGGGGGGGCUUGGGAACCACCGCAGGAGCGACCCUACCAGGGUGGGUGCGAGUUAG